ACUGAUUUUGAUCAAUCGAAACGUAAAUAAUGGACUCAAAAAUUUCUUAAAUUUACUUUUUUUUAAUUGCAAAUUCGUGUUUUUUAUUAGGAUUAGAAAAAGUUUUUUAUCGUUAAUUAUAUUGAUGGUGAUAAACGCUAGAAUAUUUUGUUGGAAUUUAAAAUGUGCCUUACAAAUAGAUCAAUGAUAGGCAAUGGUCUUCCAAAAUCUAAAUUAAAAUUAUUUAUACUUCUUUGCCUUACAUUUGGCUGCUAUGUAUUAAUCUUACAAAAUUCAUCAUUUCUUAAUAAAUUUCAUUGGAACUUUCUUCUCGCAAGCAAUCUAAGGGCGACAAUAUUUCAUGGCCAUCGAGUUGGCACGAAAACGAUCCAAAAUCGUCCGAACGGAACUUCCAUUGUUUAUUUUCAUCUACCUUCAUUGGAUGAUUAUAAAAUUCAAGAUGAUUAUUUUCAGUUCAAUAAAACUUUAACAGAUAAGCUUACAUCAUCGCAAUCAUCUAAUAUUCUUUCAUGUUUACGGCGAGGAUCGCAAGUCGUUCAAAGUAACCUCAUAGGAUUUCAAACUUGUAUCUGUAAUGCCAAUUAUUUUGGUCAAAAUUGUUCGGUUCCACGAAUGAUCCAGAAUGUAUUACAGCAAAAUUCAGAGUUGAAAAUCGUUACACUGAAUAAACCUCGACGACUAUUAAUGUCGUUGAUUUGGCUUUCUCAUCAUCAACAAAAUAGUACUCUUGACCAGAUCAACUUGGAAAAUCUUUACAGAACUCUUGACGAAUUUUCGCCACUCAUUGACAUGUUUAUUAUCAAUGAUAUCAUUUUUGAAUCACCUAGAAACAAUUUUUCACUACAAACACAAUUCAAUCACGGUUUAUUUUCAAAAUUCAAAUCAUUUACAUUUCUCAAUACCAUCAAAUUCAAUGACAAAAGGCAAUACGAUGAAAAUUUUCGCCAUAUCGAAUGGGAAUCAAUGCGACAAUCCUGGCGAAUUUUUAGCACUCAAGUCACCGAAUAUCGUCCCGCUGAUCUAUUGAUUUUCAUGUCUAUCAAUCAAUUUCCUGCUACUGAUCUAGUAUUGUUUCUAAAAUAUCAUACGGGUAUACAAGAUGUGGUUCAUAUUGGUCCUACAUACAAUUUCCAUUAUCAAAACAAAAGUUUGAUGAUGUUUGACGACUACCAACGUUCGUCAUCUAACGAAUCUAUCAAAAUUAAUAAUCCUGUGAAUUCGAUGCUCGAUCAUAUUAAGAAUGUAAUAAUCUCAUUUCAAUAUAUGGCUUCAUUAUGUCAAUUCAGUUUUGAACAUUACAUCGCCAAUUACUGUCGAACAAAUCAAAAUCUAAUUAAACAUUUCCAAACAAAUUUCUGGUCCCUUCAUUAUAUUCGAAUCGGUUCAAAAAUUGAAAGUCCGGCAACAAAAGUGAUAUUAUGAUUUGAUUUUUUUUUUGUUUUAUUUAUUUUUAUUUAUACAAAACUUGAAAAAAUUGUUUAUACAUGAAUAAAUUUAAGCAUUUUGUGUUUC